ACAAAAAGAACCAGACAGCCUGAAUCAUUAAACUGUUUACUGGAUAACUAAAAGGCGUUAAAGGUGUAGAGAUAUAAAGGAGAUAACCCAUUCGUGUUGUUGAUUUUGGGAAAGGAAACUGGUAGCAGGCUAGGGUAACGUUAACUGUUAGCAUCAAGACUUUGACAGGAGAGAAUGCAUGCACUAAGACGUUAAGAUGUCAGACAGCGAAGCUACAGCCGCAGAGGGUGCCGAGGUGGCACCAGAGAUUCAGAACGCCUCUCCCGCAGAGACGCCUGACGGCUCCUCGCCGUCCGCCCCCGACACCUCGACCGACGUGGCCCCGACGAGGAAAGCCAGGAGGAGGCCGGACGUCAAACCUGAACCCAAAGCUCAGGAGAUGCCAAAAGUAGAGGAGCAGCCGGCAAAGGCACCGACACCGAGUGAGUCCACUGUGUCUCAGGGUGGUUGGGGAUACUGGGGCAGCUGGGGCAAAUCCAUCAUCUCCACUGCAACAGCUACUGUGGCCACCGUGGGCCAAGGGCUCACUCAGGUGAUUGAGAAGGCAGAGACGUCGCUGGGGAUCCCCAGUCCCACCGAGCUCUCGGCACAAGUCGAGGAAGAGCAGAACGAGCCCGGUGAAUCCAGCAGCGAGACGGACAGAGCGGCGGGGGAGGGAUCGGCGGCGGUGGUGGGUGGUGCGAUGGGAAUGCUGUCGUCGCUCACCAGCGCCGUCCAGAGCACAGGGAAGACGGUGAUAUCGGGCGGUCUCGAUGCUCUGGAGUUCAUCGGGAAGAAGACGAUGGAUGUGAUCGCAGAAGGCGACCCCGGCUUCAAGAAGACCAAAGGACUGAUGAACAGGAACUCCAGUCUGUCUCAGGUGUUAAGGGAGGCGAAGGAGCGGGAGGAGCUGCAGACAGCGGAAAAGGAGUUCUCAGAUUCCGAGAAGAAGGUGGUCGCUCACUACGGGAUGCUGUUUGAUGAGUUUCAGGGUCUGUCACACCUCGAGGCUCUGGAGAUUCUGUCUCGAGAGAGUGAUUCUAAGGUGAAGUCGGUGCUGACCACUCUAUCAGGAGAUGAGCUGGUGCAGCUCAGAGAGCAGCUGGAUCUAAUCAAGGACUCUUUCUCCCUGGUGGAGUUUGAUGAUGAGGACGUGGACGAGAAGAAAGACGAAGACGGCUCAGAGUUUGAGAGGGAGUUAGCGGAGGCCUUGGAAGGUCUCAGUAUCACUGCCACAGCUGACAAACUCAGCAAGGCCUGCAAGAGCACCUGCAGCCGGAUCGCUGACAUGAGCAAACCAGAGACGGAAGAGGAAGAGGAAGAGGAAGAUGUAAAGAAAACACCAUCUGUAGAGGAGGUUCAUGCUGCAGCCAUCAGGAGUCUGGCGGAGCUGACGGCUCGAUCCAUCGAGCUGUUCCACAAACUGGCUGAGAUGAUCCUCUCCUCCAGCGGCAGCACAGAGGCCAGCGUUCUGUCGCAGUUAACUGUUCUUCUGUGUAAAGAGCUCUCUCUGCUCUCCAGGAAGUUCACCUCCUGCCUAACAACAGCGGGGUCAAACGAGAAGGGAGAAGUCCUCAACCCGCUGAUAACAGGAGUCUUUUUAGAGGCGUCCAACAGCGCGUCGUACAUCCAGGAUGCCUUCCAGCUGCUGAGGCCCAUCGUGGAGAUCUCCCACAUCCAGAGGAGAGCUGAAUCCACAGAGCAGUGACCAGCUGAACGUCACCUCUGCCCACCACUGCCAUGAUGAACUGACACUUUGUUGGUCUGCGUCAGCUCUUACUAUGUCUGGUGUUCAGCUCAGGAGAUCUUACUCCUGGGAGGAAAAGUGUGUUUUUGUCAAACAGUGUUAACUUUUCUUGCAGCACUUGUUAAGCACAGGAGAGGGUCUCAUUUCAAGUUGAGUAUUGAAGAGGUCCGGAUCUACCAGCUAAGUAAAACAAAUGCAUUUGUGUUAAACAGGGAGCAACCUGUUCCUCCUUUUUAUUCUAACAUGUACACUAUUUUUGUUUUUAAAAGAAAGGUGUGUCUCAUGAUAAAUAGUAAGAUAUGUUGAUGAUUAUUUUUCUCUUUACUGCACAGAGAUGAAUAUCUCUCUGAAACACCGAGUGUUGGGACUGAAACGUUUUGGCAGUGUCCAGCAGGCCACCGUGUAUCCAGCUACCUGGGUUCUAGUUGACUUAAGAAGCUUUACAUUACUUCUUCUAAAUCUCCGAUGUAUAGAUUAUUGUUCUUUUUGUUUUUGGCAACCACAGUAUCGUUCUUAAAUCAUGAGACUGGCUGCAGGUGGUUUACAGGACUGUUUGUAGAGGGAAGACGGUUUACUGCCAUGCUUACAUUUUGACUCUGACUGUUUGGGGUCAAUUGUUUUUGUACAACAAUAUCAGCUUUAAAUAAGCACUUCCUGUCAGCUGACAUCCUCACAUGUUUCAGAUGCUCUCCAUAUUCACUUCCUGGUUUGUUUUCACUUUAGUCCAGCUGCAGAAUUGAAGGCUAAAGACUUGGGCUCAAUUUGAAACUUACAACUAAUUAAAACAAAUUCAAGUGUCAAGUUGUGACCUCAUUGAAAUGAAGAGCACAAAAAUAAUAAUCAGACUGCAACAGUCGGGCCUUGUUUGGCCACACGGCUUCUAUUUUUGAUAAUAAGGCCUGAACGACUUACAACAUUCUGCCAAUCAGUCGGCUCUGUUUUCUCUCUGUUGACCACACUUGUAAUGUCCAGUUAGAAAAAUAUGCAAAUAUACUCAUAGUAGAUUUCAGCCAUUUUAAGCUCCCUCUUUAUGGUCAUCAACUUCAUUAUUCAUUAUUUAGUCGACUAGUUUUAGUUUGUAUUAGAAAUACAUUUAUAAUCAAUUUGGUAUGAUAAUAGUUAAAAUCCUGUGUUUUGAUGGUUGCAGGGCAGAUACCUUUGUGUACUUUUGAUCUCAGAGUGGUUUCAAGGUUUGGACCCAGUUGUUCAAUUGAAUUCAAAUUUGUGAAAACAGUUUGUUUAAACUUUUCCUGUUGGACAUGACAACGCACUCCCAAUCCAGCACCGACUACGAGCCAGGUUUUGUUGGCUGAAUGGGAGAGAGAUCUUUCCAGCCAGGUUCCAAAAUCUGGUGGAGAGUCUAAAACCAGAAGACUAGAGGCUUUUUAAUGACUCAUUUGAUAAUCACAUUUGGGCAUAAUGUCCACUUAAUGGUGUAAGUGCUGAAUUAAAAACUUAAGUUGAAGUAAAAUGUACUUAAAGUGUCAAAAGUAAAAGCACUAAUAUGAUAAAAACAACAACUAAAAAGUCAUAUUGUUGUAUUAUUGAUGCAUUAAUCUGUAAAUAGACAUUUGUUCCAAUUCAUCAUGUUUUGUACUUGUGUUUUAAAUUUAAAAUCUUUAUUUUUACAAUAACAAUUUGCAAAAAAACAAGUAACUAUGGUCCUCAAAUAAAUGUAUAAAUGUUAAUUUGCCUCUGAAAUGUAGUUGUAUUGUUUUGUAUUUGCCCGUUGAGCCUAAUUUGUCUCAUUUCACGUCGUUACACAACCCAUACAGUAGACGGCGGUGUGCGCAUGUACCGU